GUGCUCAGCCCCAUAACCGAGCUCUAGGUGAGCUGCACAGUCAGGGCUCGGAGCGUCUCUGCUCUCGUCCACCUGCUGCAGGAGCCUGUGUCUUCCCCGGAGCAUCUCCAGGGCUGGGAGAUGACGGUCAUGGGACCCUGCCCAAACCUGAGCUCCAGGCUCAGCCAAGAUCUGUGAUACCACAAGGGGAACCCGUGACACUCUGGUGUUUGUGGACUCUGAGGGCUGAAGAGUGCUAUCUGGUGAAAGAGGGAAGCUGAGAGUACUGGAGGACCCAGAGCUCACAAAAUCUGGUGAAUAGUGCCAAGUUCUCCAUCCCAUCCAUGAGAGAAGAUGAUGCAGGAAGAUACUACUGUUACUAUCAAAGCUCUGGUGUCUGGUCACAGCCCAGUGAUCCCCUGGUGCUGGUGGUGACAGGAGUCUACAGCAAACCCAGCCUCGCAGCCCUGCCCAGCCCUGUUGUGACCUCAGGAGGGAACGUCACCCUCCAGUGUCGCUCACAGAAGGGAUUUGACAGGUUCGUUCUGACUAAGGAAGGAGGAGACAAGCUCUCCUGGAUGCUGGACUCACGGCAAGACUCCAGUGGGCAGGUCCAGGCCCUGUUCCUUGUGGGCCCCGUGACCCCCAGGCAGAGGUGGAUGUUCAGAUGCUACGGCUGUUACAGUAACACACCCCUGGUGUGGUCGGAGCCCAGCGACACCCUGGAGCUCCUGGUCUCAGGGAUGCUCCCCAAGCCCACCUUCUGGGCUGAGCCAUGCUGUGUGAUCCCCUGGAGGAAGCCUGCGGUCCUCUGGUGUGAGGGAACCCUGCAGGCCGAGGAGUACCAUCUGGAUAAAGAGGGAAGGCCGUCGCUCUGGGACAGACAGACCUCGCCAAAGCCCCGGAACAAGGCCAGGUUCUCCAUCCCAUCCAUGACAGAAGACGAUGCAGGAAGAUAUCGCUGUUACUAUCGCAGCUCUGCUGGCUGGUCAGAGCCCAGUGAGCCCCUGGAGCUGGUGGUGACAGGAGUCUACAGCAAACCCAGCCUCUCAGCCCUGCCCGGCCCAGUGGUGACCUCAGGAGGGAACGUCACCCUGCAGUGUGGCUCACAGAGGGGAUUUGACAGGUUCGUUCUGACUGAGGAAGGAGGAGACAAGCUCUCCUGGAUGCUGGACUCACAACAACACCACAGUGGGAAUUUCCAGGCCCUGUUUCCUGUGGGCCCUGUAAUUCCCGACCACAGCUGGACAUUCAGAUGCUACGGCUAUGACAGGAACAAACCCCAGGUGUGGUCCAACUCCAGUGACUCCCUGGAGCUCCUAAUCUCAGGGCGGUCCAGGAAGCCCUCCCUCCUGACCCAGCACGGCCCUGUCCUGGACCCUGGACACAACCUGACCCUCCAGUGUCGCUCUGACCAAGGCUAUCACAGAUUCGCUCUGUCCAAGGAGGGGACAGGUGAACUCCCUAAGCACCCUGGCCGGCAGCCCCAGGCAGGCCUCUCUCAGGCCGACUUCCCCCUGGGCCCUGGGAGCCCCUCCCACGGGGGCCGCUACAGAUGCUACGGUGCACACAGCCUCUCCUCCGAGUGGUCGGCCCCCAGUGACCCCCUGGACAUCCUGAUCACAGGACAGCUCCCGGGCACACCCUCCCUCUCGGUGCAGCCGGGACCCGCGGUGUCCUCAGGAGAGAAGGUGACCCUGCUGUGUCAGUCCCGGACCCCGAUGGACACUUUCCUUCUGUCCAAGG